AUGUCUGACCAAGGCCCGGCCCUAGAACGGGGCAUUUGGGCCGCCAUGAUCAUCGCCGCGCUGAUCGUGAUUCUACGGGUCUUUGCAAAGAUUAAGAUCAACCGUUUCUUUGUGGACGAUGUUCUGAUGAUCAUUGCCUCGGCGUUGGCAAUUGCCUCCACCGUCUUCCUGAGCCUGUCCGUGCAACAUGGCUUUGGAAAGCCCCUGGGCAAACCCUUCACCAAGGAUACCUCGCUCGUUUUGAAGUAUAUCGCCGUCCAAGUUCCCCUCAUUACCUUUAGCACCACCAUCGCUCGUAGCGCCUUCAUCAUAUACUUGGUUGGCGUUCUCGGCACCAACAAAGCUUAUAAGAUCGCGUUAUGGAUCGUGCUUGUCAUCCAGCUCGCUGCAAACACCGCCUCCGCGGUGCUGCCCCUCAGCAUCUGCAAGAACGUGCACAUCCUCUGGGAUCCAACCGUCAAGACCACCUGCGGUAACCUGACCGCCGUCAUCAACUACGCCUACUUUUCCAACACCUUCAACUCCGCCACGGACUUGUUCCUGGCCGUCUUCCCCACCGUCGUCUUCUGGAACCUCAACCUCAAACUGCGCAUCAAAGCCGGUUUGAUCGUUCUUCUCAGCCUGGGUUUCCUCGCCAUGAUCGCUUCCAUCAUCAAAACCACCAAACUCAAGACCCUCCCGAGCAUCACCAACCUAGGCACCGGCGGCGGACUCGAACUGAUCCGCUGGGGCUACAUCGAAAAUGCCGUCAUCAUAAUAACUUCCUCGAUCCCCUGCAUCCGACCGCUGAUCAUCUCCUCCGUGCGCAAGAUCUCCAGCGCAACCCGCUCCUACGAACUCAGCGGUCCCUUCAGCCACAACCGCCGCACAGACCAGCAAUAUGCGACAGGCACUCAAUCGCGUCGAGGCCGACGCGUCACCAAGUCCCGUGAUAUGGAGAACGGCAGCGUGGAUUACAUCCUGGACAACAGCACACAUACGAGCAUGACUGCCGUCGGACGGGAAUCGAGAUCGCCAACGAAUGACCUUGCGAUUACGAAGCAGGUUGAUAUCUCCGUUGUUUCGGACGACGGGCAUAGUCACUCGACUCGGGGUGGACUAUGA